GUCAGAAACUGCAUGGAGCCUGAGGCUGAGCCUGGAGGCGCCAUUUCAGGAUGUCUUGGUCUGCGUUGCCAUAUUAUGCACUAUUUGUGUGAGACGUACAGGUGAAUUGCAGCAGCUGCCACCAGCAAUCAGAUGCUGAAGCUUUGCGGGCAUGAGUGCUUUCACCGUCAGCAUCGCAGGUUGAAUGCAAGUUGAGUUUUUUAGCGUUCUCUCUGCUCUUAGCUUUGCCAAGGGAUUGAGAAGGGACAGCUCAUAGAGCUUCAAUGAGGAGAUCUGCAUCUGAGGGCAUCUUACAGCCGGUGCAGUAAGAGCUUGAGACUUUUGCCGAUCGUGGCCGGUCGCGCAGCUGGAUACAUCAGCUGAGUUGAUAUCAUGGCAGAUCCUCCAGCAAAGAAGGACCCGAUUGCGCACAUUGAAGAGCUUCUGAGAAAGGGUGAUGACAAGAGCGGAGGAGGCGGUUGCGGCGCUGAACAAGCUCUGCUGCAGCAUAAUCUGGAACAAGAAGCAUCCCGAUGGCUUGACUCGUGAACAAAUGCAAGAGUUGCUGCUGAAGCCAACCCCUGCCUUGAAGAAGGUGCAGAAGCUGAUGAAGAACGAGUCCCUGGUCCAAGCCAUCGUACAGCUGCUCCACCACCCGGUUCUACUCCGCGACGCAACCGCCGAAGAGGCCGCCAACAACCAAGACUUCAGGGCGCUGGCCUCCUCUUUGAGUUGCAUAGGCUAUUUCCCAGACUUUGCCUCGAGCCUCACGGAAGCGGGGUUGGCGCAGGAGGUUGCGAAUCUCGGGGAGUCGUUCCGGAAAUGGACUCGGCCUGUUCUGUUGAACAACAUGGUCCCCAGCAGUGGGGAGAACUGCCUCACUUGGAUCCGGAACCUGGGGCGCCUUUCGACCUGCUUGGAGCUGCUUUCGGAGAUGCUAGCAUGGGCCGACUUUGGGCAGGAAGCGGUUCGAGUGGGCCUGUUGCCGGGAUUGUUGAAAGCGUGGCCCCCAAAGGGAUACGACCAUCCCCGGUACUUCAACGUGAUCCAGGCGAACGAAGCGAUGUGCGAGUGCUCUGCGGACAUGCUGAGAGCGGUCGAGUUGGCGCUGCGGAACGGCGAGUUCAGAGAGUGGAAAGAGAAGCAGCGGAACGAGCUCGUGGAGUGGCUCCUAUCUGUGCUGACGUGGCAGCGCUUCCUCGGGUUUUACCCCGAGUGCACGGCGUCGCAGAACUACCAGGGAGCUGUUAGGCAAGUCUGGGUGGGGAUCUACGGCCAGUGCUUGGGCGCCGGCUCGGGCGUCCGGAGCAAACUGGCGAGAAAGAUGCAGAAAGCGUUCAAGGAGCUAGUGGCGAGUCCCGAGGCGCGGACCUGGAGCCCGACGCUGCAGAGCACCAUGAAAGUCGUCGGCGAGGUGAUGGACGAGCAUAUCAAGGAGCGGGACGGCGGGGGGGGGGCGUCUGCAGCUGUUGCGCAACCCCCUGAGGACGGGCUGGCCUUACUGACGUCAGCAGGAGGGGCGCCGCAGGUGCGGCCGGACAAGGUGGCGGCGCUUCUGCGGUCCAGGAAGAAGGCUGACGUGUUGCGGGGGAUCCAGGCCAUCCGGGCGGUGCUCGAGGGGGCUACGCGAGUGAACGGGGACAAGGUCGCGCUGUGCCGCGACCUGGAAGGGGGGCUGCCGUUUGAGAGGGCCGGCGUUCGGGAGGCGGUGAUGGACGCGUUUGAGGGCCCGUUGGGGGGGUGGCUGCUGCGGGCCAACCAAAAGGCCGAUGCCGAGACUGCGCUCACUUCCUUGGAUUCGAUGUGCCGGCGUUUCUUGAGUGAAGUAGCGGCGGCGGAAGCUGGAAAACUGUCGGUCCCGGCAGAGUUUCCGCAGUGGGAGUACUGGCGGGCAAAAGAAGCGGGCCCUGGAGACGACGGGGCUCUGGGAGCGGGAAGCGGAGAAGUGCGAACUGUGGGAGGUUUGGGUCGGACUGAGGCAGGGAUUGAGGACCAAUUCGUAGCACGAAAGAGAGAGGUAAGUCUCUCAAGAGGUUCUAACGCCUCCAACGCAGAUUGCAACGGGCAGAAAGAGGUGUUGGGCGGGCUCACGGGCACUUCGACUUUGGACGGGCCUGCCCGGGAUCUGGACGGACGGAGUGCGGGUUUGGACGGGCCGGACAGGGAUCAGGACGGGCGGAAUGGAAGUCCGGACGGGCGAGACUUCAUCGGGGACAAAUCGGACGGGGUAUCGAACGGGCGGAAUGGAAGUUCGGACGGACAGAGUGUCGAGUCGACCAGGCGAGACAGCGUUUUGGACGGACUUGACGGCACGCCCACCAUGGACUCUGUCGUGCUGCGCCUCCUGCGGUGGGUUGUGCGGCAGCCCGCGCUCGAGCCCGUGAUUCUCGCGGCCGCGCUCAUGCCGAUCGAGAUCGAGUGCGCGCGAGUCGGAUCGGCCCGCGUGGUCGCUGCGCGCAACGGCGCGUUGGCGCUUGGCAAAAGAGUGCUCGAGAUGGAACUAAAACCGGGGCCGGUGCAGCGGUUGCUCGCCCAUCGCGCGCGGGAGCUGCUCGACCCGGUCCUGCGGGAGAACCACAGGUGCCCGGAGGCGUCGGCGGAGGUGCGAAGGCUCGCGCGGGAACUAGGCGUGGCGGAGUGCGCGGCCGACCUGCUCGGCGCGGGGUCGGACAGCCGCAUUUCCGAGCUCCACGUGCUAAACGUCUUGGAGGCGUGCACUCGGAACGGGCCGGGGCUGCGGACGAAACCAGGGUUCAUCAAGCGCGCGGUGGCGCGCCUCAAGUACGCGCUGUCCGUGUACGCGAGAGCGAACACCGAGGCCGACGAUCUGAAACUCGAGUGGGACGUGUCUGCGACGUGCCUCGACCCCCCCCCCGUCUGGCCCCGCGUCUUCGGGGCCGUCUACCAGCUGCUCAAAGUGCUCGCUGACGUCAUCCGGGACCAAAGCGAGCCGGCAUUCGUCGAGUUUGUCCGCAGCGGCGGGGUGGAGGCCGCGGCCGUGUUCAUAGACCUCAACCCCACGAGACUUUUGAUGUGUCAGUCGGAUGACCCGAACAUUUGGGAGACGGACUGGGGGCUUAGGGCGCGGAAGAGACUGGCGGAAGCCGCUGACCUGGCGGACGGACUGUGGGAACGGGCGGAAGCGAAGUACGGGCUUCGCCGGUGCGGCAGGGUUAAGAACGCCUUCCAGCGGUGUCACCAGCGCGAGACCAAAGGCGGGACGUUUAAGCAGUGCGGCAGGAAGUGCGGCGUCUUCUACUGCAGCAGGGACUGCCAGGUAAACCACUGGAAGGAGGGUCACAAGCAGGCUUGCACGCCCAGAAACGGAAGCAUCCCUGCGCCUGGGCCUACCGCUGCCUAACUCGCUCAAACGUUGCGCAGAGGUCGAAUCUCACAGCCAGAAGGUUUUCCCCGAGAGAAGCGACCUUUGGGUGGCGGCCCUGGAUGCGCGUCCCAGCAUGGCGCUGGCGGGUCUCAAACGUUCCUCUGAGCCUUAGGGGAGGUCGUGAAAGUUGUCUGGUGAGGGUAUUUCCGCACUUCCUUUCCUGGAUUCACGUGGUGCAACUCUGGCGUGGUGCAACUCUGGCAUCAUGCAGACUCCGCAAAGUAGUCGCUUGAGCAGGGCGUUGCGCCUUGUGCUUUUAUGGUUAGCAGAUCAGGUCCGACCUUGGGGCGCCGCUUUGCUAGUCGUUCCUUGGUGCUGUUCGGCUCAUUGUCAACGGCUCGUGCCCUCAUAGUUCAGGUGGUCUUUGGGGAUGCUUCUUGAACGUGGCAGACUUUUGCAGCGAGACUGAUUGCUUCUUUGAAUCCGACCGCCCUGCAUACUACCGAACCAAGGAAACAAGCAAACGGUUGAAAUUUCGUUUUUC